AUGAAAAUGGAGGAAAUGUCUUUGUCUGGCCUGGAUAACAGCAAACUAGAGGCCAUCGCUCAGGAGAUAUACGCGGACCUGGUCGAGGAUUCUUGUUUGGGAUUCUGCUUUGAGGUACACCGGGCUGUCAAGUGUGGCUACUUCUUCCUGGACGACACGGACCCUGAGAGCAUGAAGGAUUUUGAGAUCGUGGACCAGCCGGGUUUGGACAUCUUUGGACAGGUUUUCAACCAGUGGAAGAGCAAGGAGUGUGUUUGCCCCAAUUGCAGCCGCAGCAUUGCCGCCUCUCGUUUUGCUCCCCACCUGGAGAAGUGCCUAGGAAUGGGUCGGAACAGCAGCCGAAUCGCCAACCGCCGGAUUGCCAAUAGCAACAACAUGAACAAGUCAGAGAGUGACCAAGAGGAUAAUGAUGACAUCAAUGACAACGACUGGUCCUAUGGCUCAGAGAAGAAAGCCAAGAAGAGAAAAUCAGACAAGAACCCCAAUUCCCCUCGAAGAUCCAAGUCUUUAAAACACAAAAAUGGGGAACUUAGCAAUUCGGAUCCUUUUAAGUAUAACAACUCAGCUGGGAUCAGCUACGAGACCCUGGGGCCAGAGGAGCUGCGCAGCCUGCUCACCACGCAAUGUGGGGUGAUUUCUGAACACACCAAGAAGAUGUGCACAAGGUCCCUACGCUGCCCUCAGCAUACAGAUGAGCAGCGGCGAGCCGUGCGGAUUUAUUUCCUUGGACCCUCAGCUGUCCUUCCAGAGGUGGAGAGUUCCCUGGAUAAUGACAGCUUCGACAUGACUGACAGCCAGGCCCUGAUCAGCCGGCUUCAGUGGGACGGCUCCUCUGAUCUCUCACCCUCUGAUUCAGGCUCCUCCAAGACGAGUGAGAAUCAGGGGUGGGGUCUAGGUACCAACAGUUCCGAGUCACGGAAAACCAAGAAAAAGAAAUCCCAUCUGAGCCUGGUAGGGACUGCCUCCAGCCUGGGCUCCAACAAGAAGAAAAAGCCAAAGCCACCGGCGCCCCCGACGCCCAGCAUCUACGAUGACAUCAACUGA